AUGGUCCCAUCGGUACCCUCUCACGCACUGCACAUUUUGGUGCCCAAUUUAACUACGAAACCCCGUGAGUACGUGAAGAUCUGUGGAGCCACACGGAGUGGAGCCACACGGAGUGGAGCCACACGGAGUGGAGCCACACGGAGUGGAGCCACACGGAGUGGAGCCACACGGAGUGGAGCCACACGGAGUGGAGCCACACGGAGUGGAGCCACACGGAGUGGAGCCACACGGAGUGGAGCCACACGGAGUGGAGCCACACGGAGUGGAGCCACACGGAGUGGAGCCACACGGAGUGGAGCCACACGGAGUGGAGCCACACGGAGUGGAGCCACACGGAGUGGAGCCACACGGAGUGGAGCCACACGGAGUCCAGAAUCGGCACUGCUCAGCGUGGAUCAUGUGGGCCAACUGGAACUACCCGAUAGACGUCCGAUCAAGGAGAGGCUCCAAUCCAUUUUCGAGCCACCAAUGAGUAGCGACGAAGAGAGUGUCACGAGAGAGAAAACCGAAGAAAACCGAAAAAAGGGAACCGUCGAGAAGAGAGAGCCGAGCCUGAGAAAAGAGAAAGGAAAAAUUAGAGCCUCAUUAUUG